AUGCAACCUAGAAGCAGGUUCUUCUCCAUGGGGAGUAUCCUUCGAUCACAUAUUGGAGCCAACCCGAUAUAUACGACUCCUGAAACAAAAGUGCUGUUAGGGAGAAUGGAAACUCCCAAGGUAAUUAGAAAAGGUAGAGAAUCCCUUCGACUAUCUCAGUUUAUUACUAUUGAGGGACCCCGAGGAAAAUUGACUUUAGAGAUGCCAGAUUUCGUUACCGUUUCCACUGAUGCAAAUCAUGCUGGUUUGAAAUAUCAGGUUUCUGUGAAGGAUCCUCAAAAUAAGAUACAAAAGUCAAUGUGGGGGACGAUGCGAUCGCACAUCCAUAAUCAUAUUAUUGGUGUCAAUGAAGGUCAUAUGGCUAUGUUAAAAUUCGUCGGGACAGGUUAUAGGGCCCAAAUUGAGAAGACGGAUACCGGGACAUUUGUUAAUGUCAAAGUUGGAGCCUCUAUUAAACAGGGAAUGGAUGUUCCAGAGGGAAUUACUGUAUCAUUACCUGUACCAACACUAUUAAUAGUAGAAGGUUGUGACAAGCAGCAAGUUCUUUUAUUUGCAGCAAGAUUAAGGGAUUUCCAUCCACCCGAACCAUAUAAAGGUAAAGGUAUUUACGUUAACGAUGAAACCAUAAAAUUAAAGAAUAAGAAGAUAAAAUGA